GUUCGUUCAGUAAAUAUUGCGGCAUUGUUACUUUUUAUGAGAAAGCAUCACGUUCGCCGCGAAAAUUUCGGCAACAGUGGCAACGUCACACGUUCGUGCAAGAAAAUGUAAUCAAUCUGUUGCUCAUCACUAGCCAAUCAAACGCAACACAAAAAAAAUUUAUGCGCAUUUGAAAUGGAGGGCGAAAUAAUAAAAUUAAGUUCAGCUGAGUCCAAAUUGUUGGUCAGGUGUCGACUGGACAUGGAGCAAGAGUUUUCUUGCGGCAAAAGAAAAAAAUCGGUUCUUUGGGGCAAAGUGUUGGACAAUAUAAAGACUGAAGCUCCUGAUUUAACUGCGACAAAAGAGCAACUCCAAAGAAAAUUCCUCAACAUGCUAGCAACUUACAAAAGAAUAAAAAAGCGGAAUAGAUCAACAGGUAGAGAUGCAACCACUUGGGAUUUUUUUAAUGAUUUUGAUGAAGUUUACGGCAAUAGACAUUCAGUUGAUCCUCCAUCUGAAAACCUACAAAACUCAUUAGAUCUUCCAAGCUGCUCGACUGCAGAACACAUAAGAGAAAACGAAAUGUGCCGAGAGGACAAUGAUGUUGUGAAGAGUGUCCCAGACGUAAGGGGAAACCAGCAAAAUUUCGCUAAAAAAAACGCACAGUAUCGGGAUAUGAAACGUUGGAAUUUUUAAAAAAGGAAUCGGAAGAAGAAAAACUCAGGCAUAGAGAAGUGAUGGCGUUUGAAAGAGAAAAGUUGGAAUUUGAAAAAGAAAAAGCUAAAAUAAUGCUGGGAUUAAAAGAAGUGCUGGAUAAAUUUUUGCAAAAGUAACAUUUGCAAGUAUUAGCUACAAAUUUAAUGAAAAGAAAAUCAGUUUUCUUAACCAUAGUUUUAAUUCAUUUAUUAAAUACAAUGCUGUGAAUUUAGUUUUAGUUUUAUAAUUCAAAUCAAAUGGAGUUCAAAAUAUUUUGUUUUGAAAAUGCAUACAAAAAAUUAAUGAAAUAAAAAAAGUGAAUUCUUAUGAAGUGAACAACAUUUUCAAUUCAUUUCUCCGAGAGAUACCUUCACUGCUGUCGUUAAUAUUAUUUAUAUUUUCUGUUUCAGGAUCAUUAGUAUUUGGUAUCAUUCCAUUGCUUUCGACAAUAUUUGAGUCUUCGUCAUUAUUUAUUAUAAAAUUAUGCAAAAUAGCACAAGACAACACCACUUUAGAGACACUCUUUAAAGAAAUUACAUCAAUAUG